UUUUUUUUGCUUUUAAUACGAAAUGUGAUGUAAUUUUUGGCUGGCUGAUAAGCCAAAUCAGUUGCACUUCAACCGCCGCAGCAUUUACCACGUUAAAACUAAAGUUUAACUUGUGACGUCAUCGCUACUGCUGGCCAGGGCAAGGCCACGCCCCCGCCCACUAAACACAAUGAACGCCUCCAAAGCCAACAACAACAUCCAAAACAACAUAAUAACCCAGAAAAAGCAUUUGUUUGCGGAGAAGCGUAGCAUGAUGACGUCAUCGGGAUCAGGAUCAUCGAAGGAUCUUUCUAAUAUUCCCCGGGAAAUUCCCCCCGCCGACCGCCUGGCCAUCGAGGAGCGGCAGCGAAAGGCCUUCGAAUUCUUCGCGCAGACCCUGCAAAUCUACGGCGUCGAGGAGCUGAUCUUCUGCUUCAACGGCGGCAAGGACUGCACCGUCCUCCUCGAUCUCCUCAUGCGCUUCCUGCGCCAGGAGAGCAUCUCCAGCGGCGACAUUCCCAUGCUGUACAUCAAGUCGGGUGACUCCUUCCCGGAGAUCGAUCACUUUGUGGACAGAUGCGUCCGCAACUAUCGCGUCCAGCUGGUGGAGUACGAGGGCUCGCUCAAGGAGGCCCUCACCCACAUGUCCGCCGACAUGCCGCGCAUCCGGGCCGUCUUCGUAGGCAGCCGGAACACGGAUCCCUACUGCCAGCACCUGGCGCCCAUGCAGCCCACGGACAACGACUGGCCGCCGAUGAUGCGCCUGAAUCCCCUGCUGGAGUGGAGCUACCACGACGUCUGGCACUACAUCCACCUGAACUCGGUGCCCUACUGCAGUCUGUACGAUCGGGGCUACACCUCGAUCGGCAAUCGAUCCAACACGAUUCCCAAUCCGCACCUCAGACGCCCGGAAUCGGAGUGCGACUGUGCCUGUGCCUGCUCCUGCGAUCCGGGUGGCUACCGACCCGCCUGGGAGCUCGAGGAUCCCACCCUGGAGCGUGCCGGUCGCCUGCCCAGGAAGUAGGACUAAGGAUC